AUGUCUUUCGGAGGUCAAACCCCCACUAUCAUCGUCCUGAAAGAAGGGACCGAUACAUCUCAGGGAAAAGGUCAGAUAAUAUCAAAUAUAAAUGCCUGCCAAGCCGUUCAAGCAACUAUCAAGUCGACCCUGGGACCCUACGGUGGUGAUUUAUUAAUGGUGGAUGAAAAUGGAAGACAGACUAUUACCAAUGAUGGCGCAACAGUGAUGAAGCUUCUCGAUAUUGUACACCCUGCUGCCCGAAUCCUCGUCGAUAUCGCAAGAUCACAAGAUGCUGAAGUCGGUGACGGAACGACAUCCGUAGUCGUUCUUGCCGGAGAGAUACUUAAGGAAAUUAAGGAACACGUUGAGCAAGGUGUUAGCUCCCAAAUAAUCAUUAAGGGCUUACGGAAGGCUUCGGCGAUGGCGGUCAACAAGAUCAAAGAGAUUGCGGUGAGGACAGACGAGUCCAAUAGGCGGGAUACCCUAGCAAAACUAGCUGCCACGGCUAUGACGAGCAAGCUGAUCAAGAAAGAUACUCCCUUUUUCACGAAGAUGGUUGUGGACGCUGUCCUAUCUCUAGACCAGGAUGACUUAAACGAGAAACUUAUCGGUAUCAAGAAGAUCCCCGGCGGCUCCCUUACCGAGUCCCUGUUCGUCAAUGGAGUAACUUUCAAAAAGACAUUCUCGUACGCUGGUUUUGAGCAGCAGCCUAAGUCUUUCAGCAAACCCAAGAUCGUUUGUCUAAACGUCGAACUGGAGUUGAAGGCUGAGAAAGACAAUGCCGAAGUACGAGUCGAGCAAGUUUCAGAGUACCAAGCAAUCGUCGACGCCGAGUGGCAGAUUAUCUACAAGAAACUGGAAGCAGUUUACCAAACAGGUGCCAAAGUGGUGCUCUCUAAACUACCUAUCGGAGACCUGGCAACACAGUACUUUGCUGAUCGGGACAUAUUCUGUGCUGGCCGUGUCGCUUCUGAAGAUAUGGAACGAGUAGUUCAAGCCACUGGUGCUACCAUACAAUCAACCUGCUCCGAUAUUCAAUCCCACCACUUAGGCACGUGUGGUACCUUCGAUGAACGCCAGAUCGGCGGUGAGCGCUUCAACUUCUUCGAAGACUGUCCAGAGGCCAAGACGUGCACUCUAGUUCUUCGCGGUGGUGCUGAACAAUUUAUCGCUGAGGUUGAGCGGUCCUUGCACGAUGCCAUUAUGAUCGUGAAGCGCGCCAUCAAAAACCAUAUGAUCGUGGGUGGUGGCGGCGCCUGCGAGAUGGAGGUAUCCGCAUACUUACAUCGUUUCGCGGACAAAGAUGUCCCGCACAAGCAACAGGGCAUCAUCAAGUCUUUCGCUAAAGCUCUCGAGGUUAUUCCCCGCCAGCUAUGCGAUAACGCUGGCUUUGACGCAACCGAUAUCUUAAAUAGACUACGUGUAGAGCACCGCAGAGGCGGUGUCUGGGCUGGCGUCGAUUUCGUGAACGAGGGCGUUGCUGACAUGAUGGAACGGUUCGUCUGGGAACCGGCUCUUGUCAAGAUUAAUGCCAUACAGUCAGCUACUGAGGCCAGUUGCUUGAUCCUAGGUGUAGAUGAGACUAUCCGGAACGAAGAAAGUGCCCAACCGCAGGCACCAGGCCAGCCGUUGCCGCCAGGAGCAGCACAGAGGGCGAUAAGAGGACGAGGAAGGGGUAUGCCGCGACGGUAA